UGAUUGGCUGGCAAGCGGAUGGUGCGGAAGGCGGGAAGAGGAAGGCCGAAAGGCUCGGGGAGACGAAGAAGAAGAGCAGGUGUAGAUGAGAAUUCUGAAAAGGAAACACAGUUAUGUCAUCAGCAUCGGAAUACACAAUUGGGGGUGUGAAAAUUCUCUUCCCUUGCAAGGCGAACCCUUCACAGCUUGCUAUGAUGAAUGCAAUUGUCAAGGGGCUAAACUCUAAGCAGCAUUGCUUGCUGGAGAGCCCUACUGGAAGUGGGAAAAGCUUGGCGUUGCUCUGUUCAGCCCUCUCAUGGCAGCAGUCUCUGUAUGAAAUGCCACUUGAUGACUCUUCAUGCUCCAAGGAAUGCAAAAAGCCAGAGACCUCAAUGCAGUGUCGCUGUAGCUGCCAUGCUGAGACUAGCACUGAGGACCAGAGUAGUGCAGCAGUAAACCCAGGCACUACUUCUUCCUUCAUCAUCAGUGGAACAGGGACACCCGUGAACAGUGGAGCCACCUUGCGAGAGACAGAGGAGAACUCAAAAAUCACUCUCUCAUCAAAACUAUCUGCAAAGAAGCGGGCAUCUUUCCAUAAAGGAGAAGACGAUGAUUUUAAAGUAGAUAGGAAGAGGAUCCGUUUGCUAGAAACGGACCAGGAGGCUAGAAAACGACAUCGACUAACCAAAGGAGUGCAGUUUGUUGAUGCUUUGGAGGUGUAUCAGCAGCGCAAAGAUGGAGAAUUGACUGUGCACACCGAAAAACCGGCAGCUUUCUCUCUCAAAACAUUACAGCCUUCUAGCCCCUGCACUCAAUGCUCUUGUGCUUCUGCUGAGAAGAAUGUCAAAUAUGCUGCCAGUGCAAAGAAGAAAGAAAAUGGAGGAAAACCAUUUAUUCCCAAAAUAUUUUUUGGAACACGAACGCACAAACAGAUAGCUCAGAUCACUCGAGAGUUGCGGAGGACGGCGUAUUCCAGUGUCCGCAUGACAAUUCUUUCUAGCAGGGACCAUACUUGUGUUCAUCCAUCGGUAUCUGGUUGUAGCAACAAGAAUGAAAAAUGUGUGGAGUUGCUGGAAGCAAAAAAUGGGACUUCUGGUUCUUAUUUCCACGGAGUCCAUAAGCUGACCGAACAUCACUUGUUUCAUUCUGCACACAAGAAGUCCCAGGCUUGGGACAUAGAAGAUCUGGUGAGACUGGGGAAGCAGUUACGUGCUUGUGCCUAUUUUGCAGCUCGGGAGCUCAUGGCGGAGGCUGAGAUAAUCUUUUGUCCUUACAACUAUCUUUUAGACUUGCAAAUAAGAGAGAGUAUGGAGAUUAACUUGAAAGACCAGGUGGUCAUUUUGGAUGAAGCUCACAAUAUUGAGGACUGCGAGCGGGAGUCCGCCAGUUACAGCAUGACCGAAAUGCAGUUCAGAUCAGCUCAUGAAGAGCUGGACACAAUGGUGAACAACAACAUUUGGAGGAAAGACCAUGAACCCUUACGUGCUGUAUGCUGUAGUCUGACCAAUUGGUUAAGAGAAAGCUGUGGUCAGCUCAUAGAGAGAAAUUAUGAAACUGCUUGUAAAGUUUGGAGUGGAAAGCAGAUGGUGGCAUUCUUGCACAAUAUGGGAAUAACAAGUGCUACGUUUCCCAUCUUAAAGAAACAUUUUGCUGCUGUCCUUGAAAAGGAAGAAAAAGUGACACCGUUCCAGGGGGCAGAGGAGCUUGUGUCAAUACCGGUUAUAAGCCCUUCAACUCAGUUUGUUCUCAAAGGGCUAUUCAUGAUCCUGCUGUAUCUUUUUAAAGAGAACCACAGGUUUGCAGAGGAUUACAGGGUGUCCUUGCAGCAAACGUAUGCUUGGACAAAUGAAACUCCAGCUGAUGCUUCGGAUAAGAAUGGCUUCUUUGCACAAUCCAAAAGAAAGUCGUGGCAUAAAGCAGCAGUGCAUACGCUGAGCUUCUGGUGCUUGAAUCCAGCUGUGCCAUUCUCAAAUUUGAGUGGCAGCGUCAGUUCUAUUGUGUUAACCUCUGGAACGCUUUCCCCAAUGGAUUCGUUUUCUUCCGAACUUGGUGUGAGGUUUUCCAUUCAACUUGAAGCCAAUCAUGUUAUUCAGAACUCGCAGGUGUGGGUUGGUACCGUUGGAGCAGGCCCCAAAGGCAGGCCGUUAUGCGCUACUUUCCAGCACACGGAAACCUUUGAAUUCCAGGAUGAAGUGGGGGAGCUUCUGUUCUCGGUUUGUCAGACAAUUGGCCGAGGGGUUUUGUGCUUUUUGCCAUCCUAUAAGAUGUUGGAUAAACUGAAAGAUCGCUGGUUGCACACUGGCUUGUGGGAAAAGCUGGAGACGAUCAAGACGGUCAUUGUGGAACCCAAAGGAGGUGGCAAAGCUGACUUUGAUGACCUGCUGCAAAUCUACUAUGAUGCCAUAAAGUGUAAAAAAGGGAAAGACGGUGCGCUUCUUAUCGCUGUCUGCAGAGGGAAAGUCAGCGAAGGCUUGGAUUUCUCUGAUGACAAUGCCCGUGCUGUUAUAACGAUAGGAAUUCCAUUUCCAAAUGUGAGGGACCUUCAGGUUGAGCUGAAGAGGAAAUACAACGAUCAGCAUGCAAAAGUGAGAGGCCUCUUACCAGGUAGCCAGUGGUAUGAAAUCCAGGCCUAUAGAGCCCUCAACCAAGCCCUGGGGAGGUGUAUUCGACACCAGAGUGACUGGGGUGCGCUGAUUUUAGCUGAUGACCGUUUCAGGAGGAACCCAAAUAAAUAUAUAGCUGGUUUAUCGAAAUGGAUCCGUCAGCAGAUCCAGCACCACGAAGACUUUGAUCAUGCCCUUGGUUCUUUGGAUACGUUUGUUAAAAAAAAAUCAGAAGGGCACCGAUUCCUCACCUCAGGGCAAUGAUGAACCUGUGCCCAUGCCUUCAAGUUCAAAGGACCUGACACCGAGUUCCUUUCUGGAGACAACAGUUUGUCUGUCAUCAGACUUUACCGUUGAAAGAGGAGUGCAAAGUUUGGUCCCAGAGACACUUUCCGCUACAGAUAUUGGCACAAUUCAUCCAACAACAUCCAAUGUAAACCUGCCUUCCGAGGAGGUAAACCAAGAAAACCGUAUGGACGCUAAACACAGAAGCUCCCCCGCUGAAAAUAAGAGGAGCAAAAAUAGCCAUCACAGCUCUGUGGGUAUAAAAAAAUAUUUCAGUAAACCACUGACUUCGACGCCUCUGCAUGCAGCGAAUAAGAAAUGCACCUCCAAAGCAAAAUGGCAGCCUACAGGGCCAGUUGUUGAAACCAGCCAGCCUGUCACAAAUGGACCCCGGCAGGAUUUGUUGCUACUUGAAAAAGUCGGGCAAAGUAAACUGGGACCACAUCAGGAAAUGGUGACCAACUCAGCUGGAAAGGUUAUCAGCUCGGCCAUUCAAGAGCAUCCUCCUGAACAGCAGCUCGGCACUUCUGAAGGCGGAGGGGCUGCGGAGGUUUCUUCAGCGAGAGGGAAUGCAGAACUCCCAACGCCAGAUGGAGCUGCAGAAACAGAUGCUGGUGAUGACAGUAUCUACUUCACACCUGAACUUUACGACGAUGGAGAGUCAGCGGAACAGGAAUAUGACUUGCUCACGCAUACUUGCAGCGGCCAUGGGACUUUCCUUGAAACUGCAGAUUCGAUCGCAGCCCAAGAGCCUUGGGAAAUCAGUGCUCUAAACCCAGCCCAUGCAGCAGGCAAAGCUAAACAGACGCAGGAGAGGAGGCAGGGUGGCGUGGCGUGGCGCAGACCCAGGAGAGCAGUGGAGGUGCAGUCAGCGUGACAGGAUAUAGCGCUAGCCUAGGUGGAGAUGAGCAGGAGACUAAGACAAAGAGAAAUAAGCUUUCCAGAUCGCGCAGCAAAGUGCUCAAAGUGCAGAGAACAUAUACACGAAGAAUCAGGAAACCUUCCAGUGAGGGAGGUGGCCACAUCAGGAUAGAAAGGAAGGACAUUCUGAGUGGGCCAGCUUGCAAGUCAGGAUUGUAUUGUAUUCUCUGUGGAGCUGAAAUAUCACCUGAAGUAGCUGGAGUGUUGGAAAAAUCCCCCAGAAGUGCAGAAAUGAAAGUUGUUCAGACGCUGUUCCAAAAGGCAAGCUCAAAGGUUGCUGAGUGUUUUAAGGCUUGCACCUGUGAAAUGGAUGCCUUUUCUGAAAAUAAGAAGGGGGUGUUGUUCAUCACAGAUAAUGCAUCUCUUGUGCAUUUAAAGGAAACACUGGCAGUUUAUCAACCAGCAGUGAAAUCAGAAGGCUUGGAUGCAGGAUUAUCUUUGAAUGCUAUUUGGAAUACAGAAAAACGUUCUCUUACCAGCUACUUGCAGUGCCAAAGUUGUGUUGCAAAGUCAUCUUUUCCCCAUCCUCCGAUAGGGGCUGAAAUCACUGACCUCAGCAAGGGUGCCAGGUCAUGGGUCUGGCUCCUUCGGGCAUCUGUGGAUUACAGUGAAUCCCUCAAGAACUGAGCACCAGAUAUUUGUCAGAAUUCUGUGGAUCUUGGAAGAAUGUGUUGAUUUGUGCAACCGGUCUCCAUGAGGGACAGACGUCUGGAUUGUUGUUGUUCUCUCAUGGCUUCUCAGGUGCUGAUGUGUUUAACAACUCCUAAAAAAAUAUUCUAUUGCCUUCUCUUUAUUGUUCGGUACCUGCCGUGUUGGAAGUUAGUCUUUCAUAACUGAAGCCUUUUUCUUUGCCUGCCAGAUUUCUGAGGAAUGCAAAUACUCUCCAUAUUUCCCCACCUAAAUCGUCUUAUUAUCAAGUCGAGGUUUCAUCGCCCAAAGCCUGCCACGACAUGAGGCCUGACUGCACUAGAGAAGAGCAAAGCAACAUGAAUAUUCCUCUCUGCAACAGCUCAGAAGCCACGAUGCAGAUUUAAGGCGUGCGCCCUUGGAUAAAACGUACCAAGAGGAAAAAGGGGAAAUCCUUGGGAACGAGGGGCCCAGCUGAACAGAAGAGAAUAUGUUAGAUUGCAAGCUCCUUGGGAACAGAGACCUAUUUGUGAUGUUUGUGUAACUCUGUAAGACUUUCUGGCCUUAUUCAAAUAAAUUC